AUGUAUGCAGAGAAUGAUAGUCUAAUGUUCAGAGUGAAAAUGGCAGAACAGACAGCAGCAAGGGCAAGGGCUUCCCUACCAAAGGAAUCUCGGGUUGCUGCAAAGAAACAGCUUUUGCAGGAAACGGUUACACAAGCAAACAAUGCCAGAUUCGAUCAGACAGCAGAAACUGAAACUUUAGCCGAAAUAGCAGAAAAUAUGACGGUGGCAGUUGUGGAAUAUACAAACCAGAGUGUGUAUAUUGGAGAAAUGGAGGGAAACAUGAUGACCUUUGCCCGUCGGCCAGUCGGAAAACUAACAGUUCUCUCAACGUAAAAAAUAAACAGAGCGUGAUUUUGAAUCCCUUGGACAAAAUGAAAAUUAAUCGUCGAUAUUUAAUUGCAAAAUUCGAAGGAUGUAAGAAAGACAACGUAAUACAAUUAUCGGAAAUUCAGAUUCAACUUAUAAAUCAGUCCGUAGCUUCGUAUUGUUCCAAACAAGCUUCAGACAUCUAAAACCUCAUAUAUUUGGUAUGAUCAUAAAUAUCAGAUAACAGUUUGCCUGUACAUAUCUUUUAAACCUUGUUUUUGUAUUUCAGUAAGCUUACAUUGUGUUUUCAUUUUGUAAAUAUUUGUACAUUUUAUGAUUGAGUUAUUUUUUUUAUUUACUUUUGCUUUGCCUUAAAGCCUAUUUUAUUUUAGUAAGUUACAAAUUCAAGUUUCAUUUUGUGAACACAGAGAAUCGUCAAUGGCGAAGUCGGGAAUCUAGUCUUGGUCUCUCUCGAGAAACA